GCUCGGUUGAGAUACCGAGCUCUCCUGCUCGGCCUUAACUACGAUGUCUUCAAAGUACAUUUUCUUCAGUAUUAAACAGACUUAUUCUAAAAUCAUGCAAACAAAUAGCCUUAGGGUGAAAGGGAAAAGAGAUUUAUGAAUGGGGCCCACGUUUUAAAUAGCUGCUUGCACAGAUGAUAAACAGCCUUCUAAAGUGAAACUUACUGUGGAGUUGGGUGUUUUGUUCUGACUGGGGAGGGGAUGAGAAGAAAAUGUUUGCAUCUUGGAAACUUGUAAAACAAAAUUAACACUUGCUUUACAGUGAAUGCCUCUGAGAUUUUUACCUCUUUGUCCCAAAUUGUUGCUCUAAGGGUUAAUAAUGGGACUUUUUAAAGAACUCGGGGUACAGACAUGAGGGAUGUCAAGAUAGCACAGAAAGGUGCACAGUGAGUUGCUCAACUACAUCUAGUAUAGUGAAGAAUUUUUGAAGCUGACAUUGGAAGAUUUUCUUGAAAAUAUUUGAGGUUUCUGGUGUAAUUUUGAAAGUCUGGUCUGUAAGUAACAUAAAUGAGUAAAUAAAUUAAAAAACUGUAAUUCUUGCCUGACGACUCAAGGAAUUUAGUAUUAUAAUUUUUGCCCUGAAAACUAACCCAGGCAUUUAAAUAUAAAUUCUGCCUCCUGUAAUUGUUACUGGUGCCUUUCCUUAUUUCCUAGCUUCCCACUUAAUGAAAGAUGUCACAGUUUGGGGCAGUGUCCUCCUGCUCCCAUCUCUGUUCUGGUGUGUGGUUGCUGAAACCAGGAAUGCAGAAGAUGAGCUCCUUCAGCUUGCACACAGCAGCCAGGUGUGCUGCCAGGGAUUAUUAUGAAGUACUUGUGUUGGGUGGAGGUGCUGGUGGAAUCGCCAUGAGUGCUCGGAUGAAGAGGAGAAUGGGGGCAGAAAAUGUGGCUGUUGUUGAGCCAAGUAAGACUCAUUACUAUCAGCCACUGUGGACCCUGGUUGGUGGUGGUGCAAAGCAGCUGGCAGCUUCUGCACGUCCAAUGGGAAGUGUAAUUCCUAAAGGUGUUGAGUGGAUCAAAUCUCAAGUUACAGCAUUGGAUCCAGAUAAGAACUGUGUCUGGCUGGAGAAUGAUAUCAAGGUAUCUUACAAAUAUCUGAUAAUUGCUCUUGGAAUUAGUCUGCAUUAUGAAAAGAUCAAAGGCUUGCCUGAAGGUUUUAAUCACCCUAAAAUAGGUUCCAAUUAUUCAGAUCAGACAGUAGAGAAAACAUGGAGAGCUUUACAAGAUUUUAAGGAAGGAAAUGCUAUCUUCACUUUUCCAAAUACUCCAGUGAAGUGUGCAGGGGCUCCUCAGAAGAUCAUGUAUUUAUCAGAUGCAUACUUAAGAAAAACUGGAAAACGUUCCAAAGCAAACAUCAUGUUCAACACCUCACUUGGUGUGAUUUUUGGUGUUAAGAAAUAUGCUGAUGCAUUGCUUGAAGUAAUAAAGGACAGGAAUCUUACUGUUAACUACAAGCGCAACCUCAUAGAAGUUCGAGCAGACAAGCGAGAAGCUGUGUUUGAAAACUUGGACAAACCUGGAGUGACUGAAGUUCAUCAGUAUGAAAUGCUUCAUGUCACACCCCCAAUGGGGCCACCUGCUGUACUUGUCAACAGUCCUGUCUCAGAUGAAAGCGGCUGGGUGGAUGUAGAUAAGGAGACUCUACAACAUAAAAAGUAUCCUAAUGUCUUUGGUAUUGGAGACUGCACCAACCUUCCAACAUCAAAAACUGCUGCAGCUGUAGCUGCACAGUCUGGAGUCCUUGAUAAAACUAUUUCUCUGGUAAUGAAGAACGAGUUGCCAGUUAAAAAGUAUGAUGGAUACACUUCCUGCCCACUGGUAACAGGCUACAACAAGGUGAUUCUGGCAGAGUUUGACUACAAUGCUCAGCCUCUGGAGACCUUUCCCAUUGACCAGAGUAAGGAGAGAGCAACCAUGUACCACAUGAAAGCUGAUAUGAUGCCUCUGCUCUAUUGGAAUGCACUACUUAAGGGAUACUGGGGAGGACCAGCUCCUGUCAGAAAGCUAAUGCAUCUGGGCUUGAAGUAACUGCUGGCUUCAGCAUUGGUUAAAAUCUCUCAAAGAAGUGGACUGGUCUCACACUGGAUCAAUAUGUAUCUUCCCUUUUGAAAUACCUGGCAGACAUUUAUUUUUUUUUUUAAGUCAAGAUUUAGUCACUAAUUUACUUUUUCUUCUACUAUGGAUUAAAGCAUUCAUAGUGCUCUCUUCCCUGCUCUUUCGUGUAAACUGAGGCCUUAAACUACUUCCGUAUUUACACAGGAAUCUGACCUUGCCUUACCCUUCAGAUUACUAUAGGAAUUGCAAGAACAAUUCAUACUUUCAAAGCUAUUGUAUAUGUAAAAUUCUGAAUUGUCUGCAUCCAAGAUCAAUGAAUGCACCAGAUUUAACAAUGAUUCAAUGCUAGUAAAAUGGCCUGAAAGUA